AUGGUCGUUCUCGCGGCGUCAAUCUGCACCCGCGGCGGGAAAGCUGUCCUUUCCCGCCAGUUUCGAGAGAUGCCACGAUCGCGGAUAGAAGCCCUCCUCGCCUCAUUCCCAAAGCUGGCCGACAGCAGCACCCAGCACACCACCGUCGAGCAGGACAAUGUUCGAUUUGUCUAUCAGCCUCUUGACGAGCUUUACAUGGUCCUCGUCACCAACAAGCAGUCCAACAUUCUCCAGGACAUCGACUCCCUCCACCUGUUCGCUCAGGUCGUCACCAGCGCAUGUCGAACGCUUGACGAAAGAGAGAUUGUCCGAAAUGCCUACGAACUUCUCAGUGCCUUUGAUGAGGUGGUCACGCUUGGGUACCGGGAAAACCUCACAAUGAGCCAGAUCAAGACCUUUUUGGAAAUGGAAAGCCAUGAGGAGCGCAUUCAGGAGAUCAUCGCUAGAAACAAAGAGCUCGAGGCUGCUGAGGAGCGAAAGCGAAAGGCCAAGCAACUUGAGAUGCAGCGUAAGGAGUCUGCCAGGGGUAGCCGUGGAAUGCCACGAACUCCGGUUUAUCCGACAUACACGCCUCCUUCCAGGCCUAGCGGUACCGAUUCAUACAAUUCAUAUGAGGCUGAGAAAAACAAGACAUAUAACAAGCCUCUUGCACCCAAAGGGAAAGGCAUGCAGCUAGGAAAGAAGUCCAAGACUACGGACAUGUUUGAGAGAGUUCGCGGCGACAUGGGCGGCGAAAUCGAUGACAGCCCGCUUGUAGCUCCUGCGGCGGCUGCUGGCGAGGCCAUGGAAGCCCGGGUCUCAUCAACUCUUGAUCGCGAUGCUGUUCAUGUCACCAUCUCUGAGUCGAUUAGCGCCAGCCUCUCCAGAGAAGGUGCUGUCAAGUCAUUGUCCAUCAGUGGCGAUCUUUCUCUUCGCAUCUCCGAUCCCAGUCUCACCAAGAUCAAGCUUGGCCUGCAGGCCGUCACAUCCCACGGCGCGCAAUUCCGUACACACCCCAAUGUCGACAAGAACUUGUUCAACGGGUCCAAGACGAUUCAGAUGAGCAACACAGCACGUGGGUUCCCCGUCAACAAUUCAGUUGCUGUCUUGCGAUGGAGAGCCUCACCAAAGCCGGACGACACCAGGUCGUGUCCCAUCACCUUCACUGUGUGGAUCAACGACAAUGGUGGCAAAUACAAUGUCACAGUGGAAUAUGAGCUUAGCGGCGGCGACGCUCUGAGAGAUGUCAGCGUUGUCAUGCCCUACUCUGGAAACGAGCCGGUCGUGUCUAGCUUUGACGCGGCCUACGAGGUCUCUGGAGAUGUGCUGGAAUGGAAUAUCGGCUCGGUGGAUGAUGAGAACGCCAGUGGUGCCUUUGAAUUCGAGGCUGAGGGGAGUGAUGAGAACGAUUUCUUCCCCAUGACCGUGAGGUUCAGCAAGACGACACCAUAUGUCGAUGUUGAUGUCAAAAAGGUAUCCCUGUUGGAGGAGGAUGAGGAGAUUGCAUUCUCGAAAGAGGUCAAGUCUACCGCAGACAACUACUCUGUCGAGUAG